AUGACUUCAGUUCGUAAUGUCGUUUUGGGUCUUAUCCCAGCAGAUGGAAUUGGCAGAGAAGUAGUUCCUGCAGCUCGCCGCUUAGUAGAAAAUCUUCCAUCCAAACACAAACUUCACUUCGAUUUUGUCAACUUGGAUGCUGGCUGGGGUACCUUUGAACGUACUGGUAAAGCUCUUCCCGAUAUCACUUUAGAAAAAUUGAAAAAAGAAUGCAACGCUGCUCUUUUUGGUGCUGUUCAAAGUCCUUCCCACAAGGUUGAGGGCUACUCUUCUCCUAUUGUCGCUUUGCGUAAAAAGAUGGGUUUAUAUGCCAAUGUUCGCCCCGUUAAAUCUCUUGAUGGAGCUCAAGGCAAGCCUAUAGACCUUGUGAUUGUUCGUGAAAACACCGAAUGUUUAUACGUUAAGGAAGAACGUAUGGUCGUAACGACUCCUGGUAAGCGUGUAGCUGAAGCCACUCGUCGUAUCAGCGAAGAAGCAUCUGUUAAAAUUGGCAAAAUGGCUUUUGAAAUUGCAAAGUCCCGUCAAGCUCUUCGUGCCUCUGGUGCUGCUUCGAUUCACAAGAAUCCUUUGGUAACGAUUAUCCACAAAUCCAACGUAAUGUCCGUUACUGAUGGUCUCUUCCGCGAGUCUUGCAGACAUGCUCGCUCUCUUAACCCCUCUUAUUCCUCCAUAGCCAUGGAUGAGCAAAUCGUCGACUCUAUGGUAUAUCGCCUUUUCCGUGAGCCUCAAUGCUUUGACGUUGUUGUUGCUCCCAAUCUCUACGGUGAUAUUCUCUCUGAUGGUGCUGCUUCUCUCAUCGGCUCUCUUGGUUUAGUUCCUUCUGCCAAUGUUGGAGAUGAUUUUGUUAUGUCUGAACCUGUUCAUGGUAGUGCUCCAGACAUUGCUGGUCGUGGUAUCGCUAACCCCGUCGCUACAUUCCGUUCUGUCGCUUUGAUGCUUGAAUUUAUGGGCCACCAACAGGCCGCUGCUGAUAUCGUAAAUGCUGUCGACAAGGUUUUGGGCCAAGGAAAGAUUCUUACUCCUGAUUUAGGUGGUAAGUCUACUACGAGCGAAAUUACCGAUGCCGUUAUAGAUUCUUUGAGCAAUUAA